AUGGAGUAUCAUUCCCAGACUCAAGUCCGUAAAAAACAGCUUUCAUGUGACACUUGUUUAAAAUCAUUUCCUUCGCCUUCAGCACUUAAGAUGCAUCUAAGAGUCCACUCUGGUGAAAAGCCGUAUUCGUGCAAACAUUGUUCUAAGGCAUUCAAUCAAUCUUCAAGUUUGAUGACCCAUAUGAGAGUCCAUACUGGUGAAAAGCCAUAUUCGUGCGACCAUUGCUUUAAGGCAUUCAAUCAAUCUUCCAAUUUAAUAGUACACAUGAGAGUCCAUUCUGGUGAAAAGCCAUAUUCAUGCAAAUAUUGUUCAAAGUCAUUUUCUAGACAUCAUGAUUUAAAGAGACAUAUGAGUGUCCACACUGGUGAAAAGCCAUAUUCAUGCGAAUAUUGUUCCAAGGCAUUUACUCAAUCUUCAAGUUUAAGUAAACACAUGAGAAUUCAUACUGGUGAAAAGCCCCAUUCGUGUGAAUAUUGCUCGAAGUCAUUUCUUAGAGUUGGUGAUUUAAAGAGGCAUGUGAGAUUCCAUACUGGUGAAAAGCCUUAUUCGUGUGAACAUUGUUCUAAGAUUUUUACUCAAUCGUCUGAUUUAAUGAUACAUAUGAGAUUCCACACUGGUGAAAAGCCUUAUUCGUGCAAAUAUUGUCCCAAGGCAUUCACUCAAUCUUCAAGUUUGAUGACGCAUAUGAGAGCCCAUACUGGUGAAAAACCGCAUUCGUGCAAAUGUUGUUCUAAGUCAUUCAAUCAAUCUUCAAGUUUAAUGAAACAUAUGAGAGUCCAUACUGGUGAAAAACCUUAUUCGUGCGAAUAUUGUUCUAAGUCAUUCACUCACUCUUCAAGUUUACUGACACAUAUGAGAGCCCAUACUGGUGAAAAGCCGUAUUCGUGCGAAUAUUGUUUUAAGGCAUUCACUCAAUCUUCAAGUUUAAUUAUGCAUAUGAGAAUACACACUGGUGAAAAGCCUUAUUCGUGCAAAUAUUGCUCUAAGGCAUUCAAUCAAUGUUCAAGUUUAAAUAAACACAUGAGAAUCCAUACUGGUGAAAAACCUUAUUCGUGCAAAUAUUGCUCUAAGUCAUUCACUCAAUCUUCAAAUUUAAAGACACAUAUGAGAGUCCAUACUGGUGAAAAGCCGUAUUCGUGCAAAUAUUGUUCGAAAGCAUUCAAUCAAUCUUCAAGUUUAAAUAAACACAUGAGUACCCAUACUGGUGAAAAGACUUAUUCGUGCAAAUAUUGCUCUAAGGCAUUCACUCAAUCUUCUAGUUUAAAUAAACACAUGAGAAUUCAUACUGGUGAAAAGCCUUAUUCAUGCAAAUUUUGCUCUGAAGCAUUCACUCAAUCUUCAAGUUUAAUGAAACAUAUGAGUACCCAUACUGGUGAAAGGUGA